AUCCCUGCGAGAGACAGAGGGAGCGAGCGGGCGCGUCCGCCCGGGUGGAAGAGCAGAGCGAGCGGAGAGCGAGCCGAGGGGCGCUCCGGGCGCCCCGGGGAAGGGAGACCCGGAGUCACAGGGGGGCCUCUCCGCCGCCGAGCCCCCGCCCGCGGGGCGCGCGACCCCCCGCCGCUCCCACGGAACUUUGCCCGCCGCCGCGGGCGGACACUUGGCUCCCCCCCUCCUCCCCUUUUUGGAACUUACAACCACCCGAGAGCGAGGAGAACGCGACUCUCCGGACGCGCAGAGGCUCUACCCCUUCGCCUAUUUGGGAAGACACUUCUCCCCGCCGCCGCCCGCGCCCGGCUGCCCUGAAAGGCGCUCCCCGCCGCAUUUUGGACGCUGGAUCUCCUCCGGAGAGUGGAAACCCCGGCUGCCGCGAUGCCUCUCAACGUCAGCUUCGCCAAUAGGAACUAUGACCUCGACUACGACUCGGUGCAGCCGUAUUUCUACUGCGACGAGGAGGAGAACUUCUACCAGCAGCAGCAGCAGAGCGAGCUGCAGCCGCCGGCGCCCAGCGAGGAUAUCUGGAAGAAAUUCGAGCUGCUGCCCACCCCGCCGCUGUCCCCGAGCCGCCGCUCCGGGCUCUGCUCGCCCUCCUACGUCGCAGUCGCGUCCUUCUCCCCCCGGGGGGACGAUGACGGCGGCGGCGGCAGCUUCUCCACCGCCGACCAGUUGGAGAUGGUGACCGAGCUGCUGGGAGGAGACAUGGUGAACCAGAGCUUCAUCUGCGACCCGGACGACGAGACCUUCAUCAAAAACAUCAUCAUCCAGGACUGCAUGUGGAGCGGCUUCUCGGCCGCCGCCAAGCUCGUCUCGGAGAAGCUGGCCUCCUACCAGGCUGCGCGCAAAGACAGCGGCAGCCCGAGCCCCGCCCGCGGGCCCGGCGGCUGCUCCACCUCCAGCCUGUACCUGCAGGACCUGAGCGCCGCCGCCUCCGAGUGCAUCGACCCCUCCGUGGUCUUCCCCUACCCGCUCAAUGACAGCAGCUCGCCCAAGCCCUGCGCGUCCCCCGACUCGGCCGCCUUCUCCCCGUCCUCGGACUCUCUGCUCUCCUCGGCCGAGUCCUCCCCCCGGGCCAGCCCCGAGCCCCUGGCGCUGCACGAGGAGACACCGCCCACCACCAGCAGCGACUCGGAGGAAGAACAAGAGGACGAAGAAGAAAUUGAUGUUGUUUCUGUGGAAAAAAGGCAGCCCCCUGCCAAAAGGUCCGAAUCGGGGUCCCCCUCUGCUGGAGGCCACAGCAAACCUCCUCACAGCCCGCUGGUCCUUAAGAGAUGCCAUGUGUCCACCCAUCAGCACAACUACGCGGCACCCCCCUCCACCAGGAAGGACUAUCCCGCCGCCAAGAGGGCGAGGUUGGACAGUGGUAGAGUCCUGAAACAGAUCAGCAACAACCGCAAAUGUGCCAGCCCCAGGUCUUCGGACACGGAGGAGAAUGACAAGAGGCGAACACACAACGUCUUGGAGCGCCAGAGGAGGAACGAGCUGAAACGGAGCUUCUUUGCCCUGCGUGAUCAGAUCCCGGAGUUGGAAAACAAUGAAAAGGCCCCCAAGGUAGUGAUCCUUAAAAAAGCCACCGCGUACAUCCUGUCCGUCCAAGCCGAGGAGCAAAAGCUCCUUUCCGAAAAGGACUUGUUGCGGAAGCGGCGAGAACAGUUGAAACACAAACUGGAACAGCUAAGGAACUCUGGUGCCUAA